UUCAGCCUCCCAGUUAGCACCCAAGUUUUCCAGUGUGAGACAAAACCCCCUGCAAUUUAGCUCUUGGUAUCUCCACCUAGGAGUGGAGGAGAGGACAGAUGAGUUUAGGCAAACAAACAGAAAAUCCUCCAUAUUCUAUUCUAUAAUUUUGUGGCUCUCUGUUCUUGCUGAGCCCAGAGGGCUUGAAGUAUCGUGGCCAUCAGCUGGGAAAUGGAGUGUGGGUAGAGGUUUGAAUGAGUGCCUCCUGAGGUUAUCAGAGUUCGGGAGACCAUCUUGCUGCAGGUUCCUGUCAUACAGGCAGGAAGAGGAACCCAUGUGAUGGGAAGGCCUGGGCACCUGUUCAUGUUUCUGCCUGACUGCAUGGGGAUAUAUUAGGGUACCUCCUAUUUAACAGACAUUGUGUGGUGGGCAGGCACAAUUGCAAUGGCUGUUGGCCAGAUUGGAAACUUCCUGGCUUACACAGCGGUCCCCACAGUCCUGGUGACUCCACUGGGUGCCCUUGGAGUGCCAUUUGGGUCCAUUUUAGCUUCUUAUCUUCUGAAGGAAAAGCUCAAUAUCUUGGGCAAAUUGGGGUGUCUGCUAAGCUGUGCAGGUUCUGUUGUGCUGAUUAUCCACUCCCCAAAAUCUGAGAGUGUGACCACUCAGGCUGAGCUGGAAGAGAAGCUGACUAACCCAGUGUUUGUGGGCUAUCUGUGCAUCGUGCUCCUUAUGCUGCUGCUGCUCAUCUUUUGGAUUGCGCCGGCCCAUGGGCCCACCAACAUCAUGGUCUACAUCAGUAUCUGCUCCUUGCUGGGGAGUUUCACUGUGCCUUCUACCAAGGGCAUCGGGCUGGCGGCCCAAGAUAUCUUCCACAACAACCCAUCUAGUCAGCGGGCCCUCUGCCUGUGCCUGGUGCUCCUGGCUGUGCUUGGUUGCAGCAUCAUCGUCCAGUUCAGGUACAUCAACAAGGCGCUUGAGUGCUUCGACUCCUCUGUGUUUGGGGCCAUCUACUACGUCGUGUUCACCACCCUUGUCCUGCUAGCAUCGGCCAUCCUCUUUCGGGAAUGGAGCAAUGUGGGCCUAGUGGACUUCCUGGGUAUGGCCUGUGGGUUCACCACCGUCUCUGUUGGGAUUGUCCUUAUACAGGUGUUCAAAGAGUUCAAUUUCAACCUUGGGGAGAUGAACAAAUCUAAUAUGAAAACAGACUAGAACCCAACAGGGGGUUGAGUGGCUCAAGAAUAGGAAAUGGAUGUUGUUUCUGGCCCUAAUUUGAUGUGAAGUGGAAGAGACCCUAAUCAAUGGUAUUGCUUGCAUAUUAAUGGGUGGUCUGAUGGACAGUGGGGAGCAUCACUCAGCACCAGGGUGGGGGCCCAGCCCUCUGCAGUCUGAAGUUGCUAAAUGGUUGCCUGGGCAUCAUCUCUCUCCGAUGAGAGGAAUCUCAUGUUCUUUGCCAUUAACCUGGAAGCUUUCAUGAAUACUCUUUGCUUUUAAAAUAUUUUAACAUUAUUCAGUACAAAAUAAAGAUGGGCUCUUUCUGAUUAGUCUUUGCAGGGGCGCAGAUACUCUUACUUAAAAGAUUACUUUGGAAAUGGGAGAAAUUGUUGUCUUGAAGUCUGGGUAUAUAGUAAAUGUGUCUGUAGUUGUGUUAUUUUGCAUUAGGCAUGUAUAACAUUCAGGUACCUCAUCCAUAUAAGAAGUAUAUACAUUUAAUUGUUUUUAAUCCUCUAAUGAGCUGACUCUCCCACCCCCCACUCCAAGAUAUUUUAAUUGAAAAUAGAGAGAGAAUAGGUGGACAUGAUGCAGAGUUCCAUUUAUAGGCUGACUUUCAAUAGCUCAAAUCAAUUUCAGUGCCUUUUAUCACUAGAACUCUUCACUUAAUUUGAUGAAUAAUACAUGUAUAUUCUUUUAGAUUAGAAUAACUCUUUGAUUAUACUUUAAUAUUUCACUAUCCUAAAUAUAAAUGUGUAAAGCAGUUAGAAAUAACAAUAUAGUCAUUUGUUGGAAGAAAGUCAAUGUGAAAGACACAGAAGAGCAAAUUGACCCUUUUAGCAUGAAGUUAUUAUCCAAUUAAAGACAAUUGACUUAAGGUAACAUAAGGUAUUUUUAUUUACAUUCAGUCUAUGUACCUUGGACCCAGUAUCAAAUAUAUCCAUGUUCUCUUUCAGUGAGUAUUGUGGCCAUUGAGAAGAAAUAAAUUACUUGACAGGGUGUUAGUUGAGAGAGUUCAAUAGCACAUAUAUCGAGUUCCCUAUAAUACAGGAAUAGGUUAAAGGACACAGUGUAGUUCAGACUUUCUGCAAAUUAGAACACAUAUACUAAGUUUUAAAAAGAAUUUCUAGGAAAAAGAAAAGCAAUUAACUUAGCCAUCUCCCUGUUGUUUGAAAAGGCAGAGUACCCUAGAGUUCUUCACCCAACCUCUAAUUAAGCUUCUGAAAUGCAAAGUAGCCACGAAUUAUGCCAGUAUUUGGAUCAAAGAGAUCAUCUGUUUUUAGUAACUUUCUGUGUAUAUUAAAUGGGAGCAAAGCACAAAGUGAUGCAAAUUAUUUCAUUAAGAUAUCAUGUACUUCAUGUGCAGUAUUUUACCUAAAUAGUGAACUGUGUCAAGUUGGAAGAUGGGAUUGGGUGAGGUGAUUUGGUGAACUAGAAUAUCAAAUUUAACAAUAACCAAUUGAAGUUACUCACUAAGGGAAAAAUGUUUUUUCAGGCAAAAAGAACAUCUCUAAAGGCCAAAGAAAUUGUUCCCUAAAAUAUUAAACAAAAAAACUAAAUAAAAUGAGGAUAGUUUAACAUAGAGUGAAGAACACCUUUAUGAAUUAAAAGCACAUAUGAUGAUGUGGGUUGUCAGGGAUUAGUGAACUGAGAGCAGCAACAAAACUGUUUAAAAAAAUUUUUAAUCUUAUAUUAACUGAUAGUUAAUAAAUACUCAAAGAGUCCCUCACUCUUUUUGUCAGCUCUUGAAGGUUUGUUUUUUUAUCAUCAGGUAUUUUUAGGAAUGCAAGCCUUAAUUUACUGAACUAUGCUCUCAAAAAUGUCACAUGGUAAUAUCAGUAUAUUUUUGAACAUAAAAAUAAUUUCCUAGAUAAACAGUUUAAGAUAUUAAAAGAAUAUAUGUGGUAACACAAGUACACUGAGAAAGUUCAUAUGUCUUAUGGAAAUUAUCUUGUUUAUUUUGUUACAAUUUAUAGGUGAAGCUAAGUUUAAAUUCAUCUAUUAGUGUUCCUCAUUAUAUUUUAAUUCAUAAUUAUACCAUGGAUAUUCAGAGGUGAUAUUUUCUGGAUGAUCACCUCUGAUUUUUUAGAGUAAAACAAAAUCUGAAAGUAGUAAUAGCUGGUCUCUUAAGGGUGAUUUGUUCUGGAACAGUUAGAUUCUCCCAGAUUAGCAGAUUAUUUUGGUAGGAUGCCCAGCUUUCCUUCCAGUGGAACAAAGUUCUAAUGAUUGAAUUUUUAAGUGUAUAACUCUAGUCUCAAAAUAAUUGACAUGAUCAGCAGUCUAAUAGCCUAAUUUCAUGUUUGACAUAGAGCAUAUAACUUAAUAGUUUUUGUUUUUGUUUUACAAAUUCAUGUUUUCAUAAUUCAUUUGGAAUCGCAAGGAAAAAAAGCCUCAAAAUGAGAGUUUUAGAGGAGGGCCUAGAAUGGGAAUGGGUCUCAUUGGUCUCUAAAAGUAAAUAUAUAUGGAACAUUUUCAUUAUUAUACUAUUCUUUGGAUUUUAUCUCUGAAAAAGUAAGAAAAAAAAAUACCUACUGUCUAUUUGUUUUCAAAGCUUCUCUAUAAUACCAUAGUUAAGUCAUUUCUCUGCUCUACUACUUGGACAAUGCUUUGUGUUUUUCAUCUGAAUCUUUACAUUUAAAAAGAUUGCUUUCUUAUUUUGCUCAUUGAGGCCUAUUAAGGAUUCUAACCCAAACCCAGCACUAAGACCACCCUGAGCAUUUUGCUGUUCUGGAGGACUACUCCAUGCCUGUAGAGAAGGUUCUGGAGAGGAAGGGCCGUCUGCUACUUGCCACACAUGGUUCUUCAGUCAGAUGUCACUAUGGUACUUUCAUAUUAGAACAUUAGUGAAAUAUACUUUGCUGCUGUUGGUUCAGCAAUAAGAUAUAUUCUUUCAAUUCCUCCUUUUCAAGCCAAUUUGUUAUAUUCAAUUUUAUUUCCAGAAGUUCAUGCCAGCUGUAGUAGGUUGGUCUUUGUUCUUUUUCUUUGGGUUUCAUGUCUGAUAGAAGAGAAUACUAUUAAUGUGUGUAGUCACCCCUCUUCCUUCUUCCUUGACAGCUCCUCUCUUUGUAAAUACUGUGUUCACUUCCAGAAGCUAGUUCCUAGACAUUUGUAAAGCACUGAGAUGCAUUGUCUCCUAGGUAUGGACAAGCACUUGGUCCAUGGAGACCAAGGUGUUGAUGAACUGCCUAGUUCUUGUUGAGAGAUGAUACCUUUCUCACCUAAUCUAGAAGAGCAGAGAAAGUGCUCCGACUGUCUACAGAGCCAUGUCCAUUGCUCUUUUCUGAUGUCUACUUGAUCCUUACUUAGGCCUCUCAUACCCAGUAGGAAACUGUGGAGAGAAAAAUGCUUUAGUUUAGAUCAGUUCACAGUUGCCUGGUUGAUUCCAGUGGUCUGAAGGAGUUGUCCUUCUCACUGUGUUUGACACCAAGGAAGCAGUUCACCCAUUGAGCAGGAUUAGAUGGAAUCUUGGUGUUCCGCCUUCUCAGGGACCAAAAAACGUAAUAUUAACAACUUAGUAUCGACCUUCUUCCCAAGGACAUGUCUGUGUUAUUUUUUCAUGUUUUACUCAUAUUCAUAGCUAGAGGUCUUAACUUGAGUUGGAAAGAGAAAAGAUCCAGUUGCACACCAGUCACACCAUGAAACAGUUUAUCAUAUAAAAUACCUCAAUUUUCUGUAUUCCUCACUUCCACUUCACAAUUGUACUGGUGAUGAAUUUUAAGGGUCGGUCCUUUAGCUUUUAGGUGAUUUUUCCCAUCUGGCCAGAUUCUUAUACCUCCAUUGUAUACUUGAAAAGAUUAAGAAUUAUAGGAAUGAGAACGAGAAUUUGGCCUGUUUCACUACUUGUUUAUUUUCAUACACAUUUCUCACAUGCUAUUAAAUGCAACAAGAUAAUUAUAUUUUUAAAAAUGUAACUUUAUGUUACAUAAAAAAAUGUUGUCUAGUAAAAAGUUGAUACUCAGUAGAACAAUGAUCAUGUAAAUAAAUCUAUUUCAAACGUACCCAACAUGAUAAAAAACAUAGUCUAGGGCCCAGAGCAUGAGCCAGGGAGAAGGACAUAUUUGUUCUUUUCUCUAUUUUUCCUUGAAUUGUGCAACUAUAGGUGAGUCACAUAACCUUUCUGUGCCUCAGUUUCUCUACCUCUAAAGGGGUGAGAUGGUUCUCCAAAUCACCUGUUUUAGAGCGCUCACACUGUUAGCAUGUGCUGGUAGCCUCAGACGAAUGUUAUAUACAGGAUUGCUCUGGAGUGAGGCAGUGGAAAUUCAGCUGCACCAUCUGAGUCUGCUCAGGACUGUGCUAUAGACAGGCAGCUUCAAGCUCUGCGUAAGCAAAGGGAGUGCUGGGUGUAAAGUUUGCAUGAUUCCAUGAAGCUUUAAUUUUCCUUUUUUUUUUUGUUUUAAAAGGAAGGGUUUGUAUAUUCUAUUAUAAAAUAUGGAAAUUAAACAGGGACUUUAAAAGUUGCACUGAAAAAUCACAUUCUGAUGGUGUGAUGAGAUUUUCUGACAUUAUGCCUAGGUUUAUGUGCUGCAAAAGAUUCAGUGACCUGUGAACCAGAUUGAUCCUGUUGUGUUAGAUUUGUAAGAAUGAUGCUGAACUUCUUGCUUCCAAGCAGUUCAUCCCUGACAUGAACUACCUGACACCAGGUAAAUGUCAGGAGCUCCUAAACCACUAGUACCAAAAGGUCAUGUUGAAAAGUUCAGACUAUUUUAUAUGUCAGAACAUAAUAAUUUGGCCCCUACCCCCAUGUCAGUGUUUUUGCACUUUGGAAUCAUUUAAGGGUACUGUUCUUCAGUAGCAUUCCUGAGUGUUUUUGCCUUUUUAAAUGACAACUAUUACUUUCUUGUAAAAUGGAAUAUAAUCGUGAAGGAAACGAUGACUAGAUUAAAAAAUAUAACAUGUUGAUUGAUUGUGUAGGUUUUUUUCCUGUAAAUGUAUCAGGGGAGCUUCCAGUUAGCAUACAUACACACAUUUAUCAAUGGCUAAGACUUGCUUAUAUUUUGCUUUAUAGAAGUAGUCAUAGCAUGUUGUAAUUGCCUUAUGUAAAUAUAAAAGGCUAUUUAUUAAGUUUUCCAAUAAUAUUUAUUAAUCUGUAUGUGUUUUAAAAUAAAAUAACUUAUUUCUAGCUGAA